AUGGAGACUCCUAAUUCUAGCCUUUGGUCGGAGCUUCCUAUGGACAUAUUAAGAUCUGUGUUCAAACGUUUAACUUUUAUCGAUUUCCACCGCGCUAAGAUCGUGUCUUCGAAUUGGUAUUCGUGUUCGAAACAAACGUUGCCUAAAAAAAACAGAUCACCAUGGCUGAUUCUGUUUCCAGAGAAUGAUGUUUGUGCUCUAUAUAACCCUGAUGAAGCUAGGGUUUACAAAACGAAAAGAGACUUUUCAGGGAUCCGGUUCUUGGCAAAUUCAGGUAACUGGUUCUUGGUUCUUGAUUCUAAAUCCAAUCUCUAUAUCAUAGAUUUGUUUAGCGAGAGAAAGAUCCAUCUCCCACCUCUAGAGUCAAUGAAGAGUGGUCACUAUAGUCUUGAACGAGUAGGAGAUAAUGACUUCAAGAAUGCGAAAGAUCUAAGAGGUCUUUUGUGGGUAAAUGAUAAAAAAGAAGAAGAGUACAUUGUUGUGUGGUACGUUGACAUCAAGUACAUAGCCGUUUGCAAGAACGGGGAAGAUCAUUACCGUAGCAUUCCAAGACGCUUGGUGUCAAUAGUCGAAUCUGAUACAAUACUCCAAGGUGGUGGUGAUAGUCUUUACCUAUCAUUGAACAGUCCAUUCAUUCAAAAACUGGAUUUGUCUAGACAAGAAGGUUUCAAAGAAUUGACCGAGAAUGAUGUUACCAUAAUGCCAUUUUAUUCCCCAUGUCGUCAUGGUGAUUAUUAUGAUACAACAUUUAGAAAUAAGAUUGUUGUUACAACAUCAGGAGAGCUUUUGUUAGUGGUGAUCAUCUUUUACGAAGCAACAAGGCAUAGAGUCUUCCAUUUGUACAAAAAGGAUCAUUCUAGUACUAACUCGAGUUCGCUUGUUAAGGUACAUUCUCUAGGUGAUGAGGCCUUGAUUCUAGAUUUGGGUAUCACCGUUCCUGCUUACCAUACUCUUGGUAUCGAACCAAACUCCAUUUAUUUCACCCGUUGUGACCGUGCUUGUAAAGGUAGCUUGGAACCUUCAUACCUGGACAUAUGUGUGUUUAACCUUGUAACAAAGAGGAGCAAACGCUUCCCUGGUCUCUCCAACAUUAGGCUCACAGAUGCUUGGUGGUUUCUCCCGUCAUCAUGA